CGAGCCAUAACGAAUACAUGUAAACAAAAGUUGAUGAACAUACAUAAAGAAACUGUUCAACCUCAAAUCUUGUGCGAAAUUCCCAAUUUGACUGCCCCAUCAGACCUACAAAAGCAUUCAUCGACCUAUUACAGACAACCCGAAAUCCAAUCCAUCAAAACCACCGGGUCAGCACGAAGAUUUUACUCCGCAAACACAAGAUCAACAAUUCUCGUCAUUAUGGGUAUUCGCGACUUCUUUGACGGUCGGGUUUUCGAUGCCAGAUACAAGACCAAAAUCCACAUCGCCCAGGUCGCCUUGAUGGUACUGGCCAUCAUCCUCACCAUCUGGCGCAUGGCUAUGCCGGUUCCCUUCACUCGCGGCAACAUUAUGGCUCUUACAAUGGGCUUCAAGUCUCUCAUCAUUAUCGGCUACCAACUCCUGACGACUCACAAGGAACGCUUCAAGAAGUGGGCUUCACUCAAAGCCAACGCUAUCCUCAAUACCAUGGAGAUUGUGUUUUGGUUCGUCGCCUUUGGCCUGUUGUGCCAGGCGAACGGAAGAUUCUGCACGGGUGGUAGCUGUGCCAUCAGCUGGAUCGUGACUCUCAUCGUCAUGGUGCUGAUUGUACUUGCCUUCCAGACAUCAGUCGUGUCCAUCAAGGACUAUCGGUACUGGAAGAACUUUGGCAUUAACCGAGAGACGGAGACACAAGCAGCCUACCCCAAGCCUCAAGUAUGAGAUCUCGGCUCCACACUAGAUGAAGGUAGCAAUACAAUAAGAGCAGCC